AUGAGUUACAGUUAUAUCAUCGUUUUCUCAGAGCUUCUUUCCUCGGAAUUUCAUUCACGUCAAACUGUUUGCCUGAAGGAAGCAAGAAAAGAAAAAUUUGCAUCUGCUGAUUUCUCCGCAAAAUGUAUUGAACCUUGUACUUUUUAUUCAAAAUUUUCAUCAACUAUACCUUCAGUGUUUUGUGUAGGUGCAAUUAUGCAGUAUGCGGAUGGAAGAGAAGAUUUGACGUUAACGUACUAG